AGGCCGGCAUCAUAUUCUUCCUGUGCGAGAUGGGCCUGGAGCUGAGCUUCGACACCCUCCGCAACAUGCAGAAGGACGUCUUCGGCCUCGGGCUGGCACAGUUUGGCAUGACGUCGCUGGUGAUCUUCCUGAUCUCGAGGAGCCUUCUCGGCUGUAGCCCGGUGCAGGCGUGCAUAUUGGCAACGGCCUUGUCCCUGUCGUCCUCCGCGUUCGCCUUGCAGAUCCUCGACCAGGCCAAGGAGCGCGGUACGGUGUACGGGCGGUCCGCUUUCGGCAUAUUGCUGUUCCAGGAUCUCGUCGUGCCGCUCCUGCUGGUGUUGCUCCCCAUCCUCAGUGUCGGGCAAGGCAUCCCGGCGCUCGUCGGGGCGAUGAAGGACGCCGGCAUCAAUGCGGUGCUGGCGUUGUCCCCGCUGUUCGUGGGCGGCAAGUGGUUGCUGGGGCAGGCCUUCGGCUUCGUCGCGCAGUCGCGGAACACGGUCGCGCUGCGGUCGCUCUCCUUCUUCACCGUGCUGGGCACGUGCUACGUCUUCCAGGUCUUCAACCUGUCCAGCACCCUGGGGGCCUUCCUUGCCGGCGUGCUCCUGUCCGAAACUGCCUACAAGGGCCAGGUGGACAGAGUCAUCGCGCCUAUCCGGGAGGACCUGCUGGGGCUCUUCUUCAUCACGGUGGGGUUCGGCAUCGACCUCGGGCUCGUGUUCACCAGCCCCACGGUGGUGCUGGGCACCGUGUCGGCCCUGCUGCUCUGCAAGUCCGGUGAGUCCGACGGGUCCGGGGAGUCCGGUGAGUCCGGCGAGUCCGGUGGGUCUGGCGGGUCCUGCGAGUCCGGCAACGUGACGCGCACGGAGGUAACAGGGCCGCUCAGGAAGAUAAGCGAAGCGAUCGACGAAUUUCUGAUCCCGCGCGUGGAGUGGAGGUUCAGCCAUUGCAGUGGGGACUGGCGGAUGUCGAAGUGUGUCCUUCUGCGCGUGCCGGACAAGGCCUUCCACCAUUUUCUCUUGCUGGAUUCGUUGCAGUUCCUUGCCGAUGUGAAAGAUCCUAACAGGUGCCGCGCCACCGUCAUGGCUUCCAGCGGCUGGGUCGGGCAGGCCACGGAAGAAGACUUCUAUUUCGGUUUUGAGCAGUGGGUCAGCAAGGUUCGAGAUUCCCAGAAACGAACUGCUUUUCUGCCUGUGUGGUCUGAUCCACGUCUGGACAGUCAUACGGCGGAGUAUUUCAGUCCGUUCUGUGGGGAGGUGGACGUAUCCCCCAUGACAACUAGCACAGUCUCCCCCAUGACGAGGCAGGAAUGCUUUUUCUUGCCGACGUCCAGCUGCACGAUGGACAGUGCACACUGGGGGAAGAACUUGGUGAAUGGACACGACGAGAUCGCCCGCCGUGAAGCAGAGUGGCGUUCCAAGAACCAAGCGUGGCCUGCGUCGGGAACAGGCCCCGCUUGCACGGCGAUCCAUGUCCGCCACGGGGACAAGCUCACACCGUAUUGGAUACAAGAGCACGAUACCAUCGCUGGAGGCUUCAAUAAGAGCUUCGACGACUAUUUAAGCGUGGCGCUUAAGAUGAUGGAGGACAAGCCUCAGCUGACAGACGCUUCUCGGAGCAAGAAACUUCCGCUAAUAUUUUUGAUGACCGACGACGCUGACAUCAUCGCGGUGGCGAAGGGUUCUCGACGGGCCAUCAUCCAUACCGUGCCCCCGAGCACACCGCUCAACAGCUUGUCCGACUUUUACAAAGAUACAGACUCCAUUGGAAGCAGCGACUUUGGAUACUCGGCGGCCACUUCUGGGGACAUGUUGUCAUGGUUGUUGUCCAUCCGCCUCAUGAGCGCUUGUAAUUUCUUUGUCGGUAACACGGAGAGCUCGUUCUCAAGGUUUCUGUAUUAUGGCAUGUGCGAGCAGCGCCACGGCAGAUGCCCUCGCAUCUUCAGUUUUGGCCGGAGACAUGUGGAGUCCGAGCAGGCAAGUAAGCGCGGCCCCGAGCGGUUAAUCAUGGGACGUACGAGCGGCCAUGAGCGGUUAAUCAUGGGCUCCCACUGCAUCCGAUACGCUCUCACAGCCGGCGCCGGGCUCACGGUCGGCUUCUGCCUGGGGGCUGCCGCGGGCCUGGCGAGAUUGUCCGACUUGGCGGGAGCCUCGUACGCAAUCUCCUUCGGUUUCCAAGGGCUGCAGGAAAGCGCAGGGUCGCCGCCCGGGCGGACAGCCCUGUGCGCGGGCGAGCCCACCACAGGCGUUGGCGUGGCCGUGCCUGUGGCGGCAGCGACCGAGCGGGCCAGACCCCCGGUCCUGGCGGCGGCGAGCGUGGCGCAGGAGUUCGGGAUCGAUGGGCUUUGCAAGCAUUUCGGCUGGACAGCUCGUCCAGAGGGUCAGCGAAGACCGCGUCUAUUUUACUGCACCCUCGUCGGGAACAACGGCCAGCAGGACGUCUAUGACCUGACUUUCGCAGAGAUCUAUCCGCUCGUUGAUCGGAUCGUUGCUUGGGAUCCUUUAGUGACCAUGACAGGAGCUCCAAGGCAGCCGAGCUUGAACAUGUCUGACGCGAGGUGGAAGCGCUAUGGGGACAAGCUGCGGCACGUCGUGUUGGAGAAUCCGAUUCCAGAGUGGGACCCCAAACUAUUUCCGAAAUGGUCUUCAGAGCAGCGGGAUAAGUUGAGCAGGCCAGGGCAUCACCAAAGCACGGAUCCGUUCAUCUUGGAGGAGUGGAUCCGCGCCCAACUCCAAAGGGGCCUGCAGGACUCUGCGGGCACAUGGGAGUUGCACAAAGAGGACAUCCUCAUCGUCGCGGACUCUGACGAAAUCCCGCUUCGUGAGUCUCUUGUUGCCCUCGCUGAGUGUGAGAGCACCGUGUUCGCGGAGGUGAAGCGCAAGCUGGCUGGGGGCAGAAAACCACAAGACGCAUGCGUCAAGGACGCGAAGGUACUGUUGCGUUCCCAAGUGUUUGAGUAUUACAUCGAUUGUCCCACCACCGUUCCUGCGUGGUGGCACCCAGACGCUAUCCUCGCGGUCUGUGUCAUGGAUGGCGGGAUCGACAUGCAGGAGGUCCGCACUGGCAGCUCUGGCAGUAUGACGCCUGUCAUGGCCUCCCGUCACAUCCAUAAUUUUGCGAUGUCUAACGAUGAGGUCAUCUUCAAGUACACGCACUACGCGGAGCCUAGGGUGCCAGGUCUAGACGCUGGGCUGUCGGCCCCGACGAUUGACGAGAUGCGCUGGCGAGCCUGCGACCCGAAUGCAUUUGACAUUGGGCCUGGCGGCUGGUACAUGGACGUCAGGCCGUCCAAUGAGCUCGUCAGCCCGGCCAACACGCGUGGGUACCACCUGCCCGCGGAGCAGCGGCGUGGGAUCGACAGGCCUCUCGCGCUGCUCGAGGAGAGGCCAGAGUUGGCCGCGAAGAUCUUCUGGAAGGGGCACGACGAGCACGUGAACCCCUUCGUGGGGAAGCCGGGCGGGCAUCACGACUUCUCGCCAGGCUGGGAGGAGAAGCGUCGGAAGCCAGGGUGGUGAUGCUCUCGGGUCGGAUCGGGUCUGGCAUGGCAUUCGGAUGCAGUGCGGAACACCGUUGAGCCCGCGGGCUGAGCUCGGACAUGCCAUGAUGGCGCAUGCGUCCCGCACAUCCAGUACAGCGUUUCGUGGCCCCCUCCUCCCUUCUCCCUGCGUCUCACCCACCCAACGCCCCCAAACCCAUGCUCCCAGAAGGCCUUCUGGGAACCCGAUUCUUCGAAGGCCUUUCGGAAUGCAGAUUGGCAUGCGUGGACUGUGGUCCACUACUUCAGUGGAGCCUUGUGUUGGUUUGUCUUGUAGGGAGCUCGGGGGUACGCUUAUCCCGACUCUUGCUCUCACGGCGUUGUUGUGGCCUGGUGAGUUGUCCCCGGCCCCAUCGCCUGGCCCUCCACCCGUUUCGUGUGCGUGCACGCGUGCGUUGUGUGAUGCGGCCCACCUUUUUAUUCAGGGGCUAUCGCCCCACGGCCACGUGUUGGAGAUGCCGCUGAGGACAGGAGUUUGGCUCCCGCCCCGACAUGCUCGCAGCCGUGGCCUGUAUUUCCACAUGACCUCUGUACAGCCGAGGGCCUGCGGGUGCCGAGGCACAUUCCACGGGUGGGUUUCGCUUGCUUCCCGCCUAACUCUGGUGGGUUCGGUGCCGCGUCCCCCUGUGUCGAGAGCCUCUUUGUUUUGUUCCUCAUGGGAGGAUCGUAGCACGGCGCCCUGCGUGCCUCUGCUGGCCCCCGUCCAGGUGUAGCGGGGUCCCCUUGGGCCCCGUGUGCCUGUGAGGGGCCACUCUGAGGUGGGUCUCUGUUGCCUGGUCUCGGUUAGCGCCCAGGCUCACCCACCUCUCUGUCGCAGACGUGUCCGUACCGACUGCACUGCGCGGUCGGAUACGGCAGUGACUGUUUUCCCUCAGGGCCUCGCCCACCCUGAGUGGUGUAUGUGGGCUGCAGCGUGGGCAAAAAAAAAAAAGAAGGGAAACACGAACCGAGAAUCCGAAGUCUUGCCAAUUAGUCGUUGGCAAGGGUGGUGCACAGUUUUGCACCGGUCCCUUCCCUCGUUCCUCCUAUUUCCGCCCUCCGCGUUCGUGCUUCCUCCCUCCCACCCUCGUGCUGUGCAGCUACCAGCAGCGACGCCCCGCGCGCCUGUUCUUGCGCUGCCGAGCCCUGGGGCCGAGGAGACGUCGGGG